GCGGGCGUGAUGAUGCGGCCACCACCUACGCACCUACCGUGCGUCCCCCUCCUCCCCUCUCCACAGGCCACAGCGGCACCGUACUGCACAGCACAUCAUCCAUUCCUGCGCUUCCAUCGACGCGUACAGGUGCAACCGAGUCCCCACCCCACCUUGUCCGUGUCCAUCCGUUCGCCCCUCUCUCUCUACAACCGCUGGCAUGGGACUCCCUUUCUCUCUCCCUCUGCAUCCGAAGAGGAUGGAGGAAGGACGACGCAAACACGGCCAUCCGUGGAGGCGAGGCGAGGCGGGAGGAGAGAGAACGGCACCAUGACUUUUUCCUCCCUCCCUACUAGAGUGACUUUUCUAGAGAGAGAAACAGCGGCGAGAGCGACUCGGCGGAAGGAAAAAAGGGGCGGGCGCACAGGCGUGCACGGUGGUGCCCCCGGUGGACGGUCGCGUGCUACGCCUCAUCCAUCAUCCCCCUCAUUGACGCCAUCACGGCACCUGCUUCCCUCUUCCCCGUCUCUAGAAGAUGGGAGAGAGAGAGAGAGAGGGAGAGCGCACGCAGACCCAAGCAUGCCCAGACCUCCCCUCUCCUCCAGGGGAUGCGUGGAAGCAAGCCGAAUCAGGGCAGGGCCCAGCCCUGAGCCCUGGAGCGCGAGGGCGAGACGAGACAGCACCGCUCCCACACCGCUCGCCCCCCCCCCCCCCCCCCCCGGGCUACCGUCCACACACCAUUACCACCGCCUGCCCACCCACCCCGUCUACCACCACCGCCGCCGCUGCUGAUAGGAUGAUGAUGGGUGGAGAGAGAAACCAGACGAGAGAGUUGAAACUCCAUCCAGCCAGACGGUCGGUGGCGUUUCUUGCCUGCCGGGCAUGCGUGCUUCGGCUCCCCAGACUCGCCCCCGCCCGGCCGGCCUCUCCUGUUGCCACCAAUCCAUGGGCCUUUUUGGGUUUUCGACCUCGCCUCGCCUCACCCCCCAUGGGUCAGGUCAGAGGAGAGCCGAGAGCUCUCCCCGUCACACGCCGCCCGCGGCAGGAGAGAGAGAAAGCAAGCAGCCGGGCUGCGGCCGGGCAAGAAACUUCCCCCACCUCCCUCCUCGCCUUUAUUUCUACUCGAUAUUGUCGUCUCCUUCCUCGGUCCUAUCUCCUCUCCUCCUCCCCCCUGCUCCGCCUUUUCCUCUUCGGUUCCUCCUCGCCUCUCCUCCCCCGCGCUCCGUUUCUUGCGGGUUUUGGGGGAUUGAGGAGUUGAGCAGCUGAGGUCCGGCGAGGCCAGGUUAGGCGGCCAUGGCGGCCGGCAAGAAGGCCAGGGUCGUCUUGGCCCAGCCAGCGGCAGGGGCGCCGCCGCCGCGCCCGCCGCCACUCUUCUCGCGCGCGCACGGACCCGUCCGCGGCUCCGGGGACGAGGCGGCGUACAGGGCCAGGCUCAGGUACCAGGCCCUCCUCCAUGACUACCAGGAGCUCGUCAAGGAAGCUCAAGCAAAGAAGAGAAGGUUGCACAUGGAGAGGCUCAACAAGCAGAGGCUAUUGGCUGAAGUCAAAUUCUUGCGGAAGAGAUACAAAUCCAUGUCUGAAAACCCAUCUCAGACGAUUGUUUGUAGAGUGAGGAAUCCAGCAAUGCGGCCUGCAUGUCGCACUGCUGCUUGGGCCAAUGACGCUCAGCACCGGUCGGUUCACGCCAUUGGGAGUUCCAGCAGAAGCCAGCUGCUGCAAUGGAGACAAGAUGAUUCUCCAAGGGCAUCUCUAGUGAUUGACCUUAAUGAGGCCUGUGAGCCGGGUUAUGAGGAGAUGGAAAUGGGUGACCAUCAUGGUUACCGGGAGCCUCUAGGCUUCAACAAGGUGAGGAGGUACCCGAUGGAAGAUGCUGCUGCUGGCCCUAGUGAGGUACGGAUUCCUGCAUUCUGGGAUGCCCGGAGCCCAGUGGGGCGAGCUGGGAAGAGGAAGAUCUCAUGGCAGGAUCAGUUGGCCCUGAGAGUAUAGGUAAUGACAGUAUUUAGCUGAAGUACCAUAGUAGUAGGAUCUGUAUGUGUCAUCACAAGCUUGUCGCCAGAUGUAAAAGGAUCUGGAUAAUCUGGAUGGUUGUUACUCAUGUCUCAUGAUGAAAACAUGGGCUGCCCUGUGAUAGCAAAGUAGGCGUGAUGUCUGUCACCAAAAUGUUAAGGUUAAUCCUUGUGUGGAGGGCUAAUGGUUGGAUGAGAGAUGUGCCUUCUGAGGCAGCAGUUUCUCUUGUUCUUGUAGAAUGUAGAGUAGAAGAAAUGCAUGUGGUCACUCUCUUGAGGUUGAACAACAAAGAAGAGGGGGGUAUUGGGGUGGGGGGUCUGGAUGGGACGACGAUUUGGAUACCUCCAAUUGGACCUGUUAGUUUCUGUGCUUAUUGUACAUAUACUGUAGCAAUGCUGUCUGUAUGCAUGAGCUCAAAUUGUUUUGGUAGUGUGAUGUCAACUGCAUGCAUAUGCAUAAUCUAUCCCCGGAAUGAGGACUCAUGGUUCUAUGA